AUGAAGCCUUCCCCUUCCUCACUCCCAAGUUCCCUCCACAUAAGACCUCCUGGCCAACAACAGCAACAACAACCGACCUCGGCCCCGCAGCCGCCGAGGUUCAACUUUCGUCGAGUGCUCUCCGAUGUAGACAUCUCGAACUCAGGUCCUAGCGAGCGAGCAGCACAGGCGAGCAGCAGAGGCCGGACCGCUGUGGAGCGGUGGCUCGAUGAUAUAGAGAGAGAGGGAUGUCCGCCUUUCGGUGGCCCAGAUGAGGAGGAGGAGGUGCAUGUGGGCUAUUUCCCUCCGAUCGUCUAG